UUUUCAGGGGAAGGAGGAUGGCUGUGGCAGAUCACUGUGUCCAUCACCGGGAGCAGGUAGCCUAUGACACAUGCAUCCUGUGGAAGUUGAUUCGGGAACAAUAGGAGACGAGCCACGCAACUUAACACUCGCUGCAGAGCGGGAUGCACCGCAGGUGUGUAGCACGUAUAAAGCGCACGUAUACAGGGCCCGUUGAAAUGCCCCGGGCACACUUCCUCGCUCCAUUUGCAUGCCGGCUAAUUAAAUUGUAGGAUUUUAGUAACGUGAAUCGCCCGGCCGGCACUGGUUUGUGCCAUUGGUUUUGCUCGCAACAACCAAACUACCUCUGCCUAAAUGUUAUGACCCUUCGCUUGCAUGUUAGUUUAUCGUCCUACGGUUACUUCCUUGAGUUGUGCAACAAAGCAUGAUUAACUUUUGACCUUUGCAAUUUUCUGAAAUACGAGAAAGGGGAUUAACACAAGCGGUCAUAAAGUACGACAGAACAAAAUGAUAGUGACACUUCACCCGUGCUCCCAUAAGGCAAAGCAAUAAAAGGAUAUACAUGCAUAAAAAUCCCAUUGUUUCAACACCCAGAAGGAAACAACCUCUGAAAAUAAUGCGCCAUGCACUAUAUUAGGCCCACAUAAACCUGCUUCGUCAUGUGACUGGUUCCAGUUAGUUUGGUUUUCCUUGUUUAGUUUCACGACAGACAGUUCUCAACUAAUCUUUUCAGCAUGAUCUACUGUUACUAAACCUUAUCAUUAUUCUUGCGAAAGAGAAGAGACAGCUGAGAAUAAAACCUUAAUUUCAACCCGCUGAGGUUCAUUUACAACUUAAGUUUGGCUAUGAAGACACCAGCGAAGUAAAAGUCGAUUAGUGUAUACUUAAACCAUGUCACUGCACAUUACUGAUGCUUUUUAUAUUUUUUGCCGCCACCCUGGUUGCAUUUAUGAUCUAUAAAACGUUCCCAGUUUUGCAUGUGAUCCAUUUCGCAGUUUCAAUUUUUUUCUUUGAAUACCAUUUUGUUAAGAGACGUCCAACCCAUUGCAUUCUGUCACUCUGGGUUUAACUGAAUAGUUGGGGAAAUGGGCGCUACGCAAAAACUGAUAAAUUGAUUUUCACCAAAUUUGUGUCAAAAUGACAGCAACAAGUCGCUGAAAAUUCAGGUUCUAUAAUCUUGAAGAAAAACAGGACUGCCGUGAUAUCGGAAAAAUGCUGAAGGAGAGAAUUUCGGUCUGGCUCUUUUGGGUUAACGCGUACCAUCCAUGUGCAUACAAUGUUCACAGGACAAGAACGUGUACAUUUGAGUCUAAAAUGGAGAUUGUAAGAGUUUCUGAAGCCCACCAACAAUACAACAUUUAAUAUGCUUCGAUUCCCAGGUAUGACACAUAAAUGUUGAAAACAAAUCCUGAAAUUCAAGGAAAUAACGCUGGAAAAUACAGUCGAUACAAUGCAGCCCUCGAGUUUGGCACUGACAUUUCGAAAUACAUACUGGGCUUUCCCUCUUCAACCCCCGCAUCACAUGACCAUGACAUAGGACUGUUUUUCCUUUAGGCAGUACGCGGGAGUACCCUUUUAAACUCAGGAACUUCCCGGUGGAAACUUCACAACGGUCUUGUUAUUGACAGGGAACGGUCGGGUUUAAUUAAUCAAGCGCAAACGUCCAUGCAGAGUGUACAAAUUGUGCUCAAAACUCAAACUUUUUGGGUAGCACUUUAAUUAACGUACAGGCUAAUAUUGUACGGUUUGUGGUUGUCCAAGAGGAAAAUGGCUCUAGUUCCAGCCUUUUUGUUUGUUCUUGGGGUCCUUCUCGGUACUUCACUUGGAGGUGAUCUUCGAGACGUCUCUCAAGGUAGUUCCAUCGAUAAUCUCCCUUAUGGCGACCCCCGGAGGUGUCUGCUCCUACCGGAAGACCAACGAAUCUUGACAUUUGAGGGGCUGCCAGGAGGAGGAUGGGAUAAUCUCAGGAACCGGGAGGCAGGGCUGGUGGCAGCCAUCAACUAUACCCAGUGUCGAUUUACGGAGGACAGACAGUUUCUGAUACCAGACGGCACGUACAUUAUCCCCGUCAAGUCUAGCAAAGUCGACACUUUCGCCGAGCUCUUCACCCAUUGGAGCAACUACACAUCCACGCUGUCUCGUAGCAUCAACGCCCACGCUGGACUCAACAUUGGUCACUUUGGUAUCAGCGGGACAUUCUCAGAUGAGUACAGGAGUGUCAAGUCACAAGAAUAUCGCGAAAGUUCAGAUACAGUUCGAGUCCAGGCCCGUUACGUCCGUUAUACAGCAAAGCUCCAACCCGACACGCCCCUUCACAAGGCAUUCAAGACCCGCCUUCUCAAAAUUGCAGCCCAUCACGAACUUAACAUGACUCAAAUGGCAACCUACGAGAGUCAGCUUCUUGUGCGAGACUUUGGCACCCAUGUGGUGACUAGCAUUGAUGUCGGUGCUGCUUUGACUAUGGAAGACCAAGUCUUGUCCAGCUAUGUCCGCAAAUACUCCUCCGAGACUACUCAAGUCAAGGCCUCCGCCAGCGCCUCCUUCUUCAAAGUCUUCAACUUUGGCCUUGGCAGCGAAACCACGACCACCAAGACUAUGAUUGACGAGUACCAAAAAAGCCGAACCUCCUCCAUAAUCAACACCUACGGAGGACCGGUCUUCAAACCCCAGAACUACACUGCAAACAACUGGACGGCAGGUAUGGAGAAUAACCUGGUCGCACUAGAUCGGUCUGGUGAUCCUUUGUACUUCGUCAUCACUCCAGAAGUGUUGCCUGAAGUUCCUGAAUCUACUGUGUACGAAACGUAUGAAAGUGUGAAAGCAGCUGUGGAGCUGUACUACAAGCACAAUGUCUACAAAGGCUGUACCAAACGGGACAGCCCCAAUUUCAGCUUCAUCGCCAACAUGGACGACGGCACCUGUCAACCGAAGUUAACUAACUACACGUUUGGGGGAGUGUACCAAACAUGCGAACGGCAAGGUAUUGAGGACCUGUGCUCUGGGCUGACACAGAAGAAUCCCCGCACAGGUGGGUACAGCUGUCCGCCCGGGUACGAGGCUAUCCUGCUAAAUAGCGAUUCUCGAUCACACACUACCACCCGGCACAGCUGUCACCGCUGCUGGAUUUUUGCUCAUUGCUGUCACGACAACACGUACCACAGCACAGCCAGAUACAGUGCCUACUGGUGCGUGGCUGAAGGUCAGCUUCCUCAACAAUCUGGCUUUCUGUUCGGAGGUGUCUAUACGUCUAAGGUAUCCAACCCCUUGACACAGUCUCUCAGCUGUCCUGCCGAGUUCUACCCUCUCAAAAUACUCUCUGAUCUGACGGUCUGCGUCAGCGAUGACUACGAGCUUGGCUUCGAGUACUCCCUCCCCUUUGGAGGCUUCUAUAGCUGCAGGUCUGGCAAUCCUCUUAUGGUCAGGCAGGCAGAAAGCAGCAGUCAGAACCGCCGUAGUCUGCCCCAGGGAACAAUGAGCUUAGCGAGCUUCAUGGAGCAAUCUGGACCGACCUCAUGGCCUCACGGCUGUCCCAAGGGCUACAGCCAACAUCUGGCGAUGGUAGACGAUGGAUGUGAAAUCAACUACUGCAUCAAGUCCGGCGCACUCUCCUCAGCCUCCUUGCCCUUAGUCAAUAGGCCACCCUUCAUGCCAGCCCCACAGCCUAAAAACCCCGAGGGUGAUGAGGUCAUGCUCACGAACGACGGAUCGAUGUGGAAGCUGCUCACCAACAGUAGCUUCGACAUGACAUCCUCCCAACAAGAAAUGAGUUAUGGACCUAACUCCCAAGCAAAAUCAUCAAGCAACGGGGCGUCUCUCCCGGGAGGGGCCGUCGCUGCCAUUACCGUAGUGGUAACGCUAGUCUGUGUCGUGGUGGUGCAAGUUGCAGUAAUAACUUGCCGGUCCCGGUCCAAGAGACGACAACAUCGUCCAAUGCGAGACAAUCAACCUAGGGACGUCUCCCCUCUUAUGACAGACUCGCCUACAGGAAGUCAGGUCACCUAUGGUUCCACUCAGGGUGAGGACGAACCAAUCAUAAGCGUACAGUGAAAGGGGUCCAGUAACACACGAGCCAGUGACUGUCAAUCAAUUAUAAGAGUACAUCGUGCCUGGCUUUCAAUACAUUUAAAUGGCAGUAUUAAAACUCCAAUCCUUAGCUGAAGACUUACUUGAAAUAAUAAUAAUGAAGACUGUAGGAGAAUGAGAAAGCUUUGUUGUUUAUUAUUUCAAAUGACUAUUCCGAUUCCCUCUCACGAGAAGACAUUUAAGACAUCAACUACAGUUCCUUCAAAUGCCCGGAGCAAUUAGCCAGACAGAACUGCCCUAUUAUGGCUGCGUAAGAAUCGGGUUUUUCGCCAAUAAGCCAUUUUCUUUUACCGUUUGCACGUCACAAUAAUUAACCGAAGCGGUAGAUAACAAUUGUCGCAAGUACAAUCCACAAGCACAACCAGCUCCUUGUCCUCUGUAUUAUCCUCUCGAAUGCUGAUAUCGUUUUCUACUUGUCAUUAUACAUGUACACGUCUUGUGAAUACAUGUAACUUUUAUAACAGCUACCGUCAGGACCUGCUCUAACUUCCAAGAAUUCCAUUUCGUACAUUCUACGUACACGUCUUGUGAGUACAUGUAACGUUUAAUAACAGCUACCAUCAAGACUUGCUCCAACUUCCUAGAAUUCCAUUUCGUACAUUCCUAUUUACACGUCUUGUGAGUACAUGUAACGUUUAAUAACAGCUACCAUCAGGACUUGUUCUAACUUCCAUUGUCGUACACGUAGUAUUCUUAUAGUAAAUUUUUAACCACUGUUACCCAUGCACUGAAUGAAAAGAGUUUAAAAGGUUACAGCAGAGUAACUUUUUACCCGAAUGAGGCCGCAUUUCUUUACAAAUAACUGCAGCUCUUUGUAAAUUCCUCUUCCAGUAUGACCCUGUUUAAUUAACCAACAAUCAACAAGCUUUGUGUGAACAAAGCUGUGGCGAAAAACCAUACAUGUAUAUACUUAUAUAUAGCUCUUGAAGAAAUACUGAGUAAGUCUCGGUGAGAUGGAACACGCACUGCAAUAACAUGGACGGUGAGAAUAACCUGUGCGACAUCUCAGCUCUCUGCAUGUAUUAUGUAAUUGGUCAUAGCCUAGCCAAAGGAUUGCCGAGAAAUUACGAGCAAAAUCCGAAUGCCAGUGAAAGCAAACUCGGGACGGGAAAUGGGUUAAUACGGCGAAAGACGGCAAAAAUAUAUCAUAAAAUGACGUAUAAUCGAGAUGGUACAAUUAAUCGUACAUGAAAAACCAAGAUGGAGAAAACAGAAAAAUAGACCUGACACUGAAUUACUUAAAUCUUCAAAAAUCGACCAUAUCGUUCUCGGCUCUUCGUUGCUGUGUUUUACACAGGACGAAAAUACUAUUUUGCAUUUGGAAAAGAAAAAACUGACAGCUGCAAGUUAUUUUAAAUCAUUCUCAUAUUCCUGUCAGGUUAUUUUAAAUCAUUCUCAUAUUUAAAAAAAUGCUUCGUUUUAGCUCUUUAUAUAAAUAAGACCUGAAUGUUCAAAUCAGUAAAAAAAAAUUACUUUUGUGUAGGUAUCGUUGCCAAGAGAUUCAGAGAGCGAAUUGAUGUAACCAAAUUGUCACAUACGUGUAUACUCAAAACUGCGAGGAUGGUCAUAUCGACAAGCACUAUACUCUUGAUUUGUUGCUCUAAAAAAUUGUUCUUGUUCAGUGAGCUGUAACCGUAUGCUAGUCUUCCAAGUUAUGUACAACUUAGUACUGCUUCCUCGUAAAGUGACUGCUGGUAGUCACUAAGAUUUGACCCCAUGACCUCUACAGUGAAUUGCAACAAGUUUGUUUCCUCAUACCGCUGGAAUGUUACAUCCUGAUGCAAUGCUAAAAGAAGUGUUUCAACUGCAGUCCGUGAUUAUAAUCAAUAGACGUUUGUUUGCAUUUUCGUCUGGUCAAACUUCUAAAACAGCGUAGCACUUAUAAAAAAAGCCUCUUAAGUACUACAUGGGUCAACGAGGAGCAAAAAUGGACAGCUACUUCAGUGCAUAAACAAUUUCAGCUAGUCCAGUUAGUGUGGAGGUCAGUAGAUCCGACACUGAAUCAAUCAGUAGGUUCAGAAUUAUUAUGGGUAUAAGAAUGUACUAGAAUGUGUAUACAUACAUAUGUAUUCAGAAUAAAACAUGGAAAUGAACAAGG